AUUCUUGCUUCCCUGCCUCACACCAUCACUAUGUACGAUGUACGACGCACACCCAUCCGACGUGCAGCCUGUACAAGUCUACAGAGCUGAGCUUGUCAAUGAUUUUAUUGUUCGUGCCGCGGGCUUAGAUCCCUCCCGUCACUCUGAUACGGAGCUGCUGCCGCCUCCGCCUACACCGCUCUUCAAUCAAGAACCAGAGGAGCUAGUCGACAUGGCCCUCGCUAGGUUGCAGGGUGCAGAUUUGAGACCAGUGGAGUGGAAUGGGCUUCUGUACAGACGGAUGGGCGUCCCUGUUCUGAUAAAAGAUUUUGCUUUCAUUCUGCCGGACAACUCUAUAGAAUAUGCCUCCAAGAUCUUGACUGAUAUGGGUCUCCCACGAGCACAGAAAUCCUGCUCCCUCUCGUGGACUGAAGGCGAUUUCCACACGAGAGGGGUGUUUCAUCGAGUCACUCGGGAGACCUCUCCGGUUGCUGUCCAGCACAUCGUACUUUACCCUGCGUCAUUCGCCGAGAUCUCGGUACAUUCCCUGUUGGUAACGUCUGCGCCUUCGAUUCUCGGCGUCGACAGUCCCCGCACCCCAAACUAUCUCGUCCCGCAGCCCUCGGCAAUCUAUGCAUCGCUGGUGCGUAUGAUGCAGCGGUAUCCCCGCCAGUGCUCUACACGAUGUCGUCUCAACUCAGACCUAUCCCAACUCGUUGGCUAUGACCUCCUUUGUCUAGAAGAUGACUUUAUCGACCCGCACGACGAGGAACAAUGGCAGAAGUUGGGUAUGGACCGGAGGAUAGAACAGGCAGUGUGCGAGCUCAGGGGCUGGAUAUGGGAACCUGGCGAGGAGUGGAUAGUAGACGCGUUGGAGGCUGCGGUCAGAGGUUCUGCGGAAAUCGACUUUCUACCUUGCGUUCAUAGCACUGCUAUCAUGUCUCCCAAUGUCCGAUGUAUAGAGAUUCCGAAUGGCCUUAGUCAUUUUCGGGUUAUGACGAGCUAUUGCAGAGCCUGUGCUUACAUCAUUAUGACCCCCCCCCCCCGCGUUGCCCGUUCCCACGCUUGUAGCUAGGCUAUCCGUCGUACCUGACACACAGUGGGACCUGCGCAGGGACUUCGUGAUCGGGAGGGAGCGCCUGCAGCAGGUCGAGAUCACGAACAUCCUCGCAUUCUUGGAGCCGACAUUUUUACGCCCCAACUGCCAGACCUCCACUGACGCGACGACCAUCUUGAACACUUCGAGGAAAGGUCUACGCAAGAUUCUUGAUCCCGAACCGUACCAUCAGUGGUUCAAGGAGGGCAGGAAGAACGUCUGGAGCCACUUGCCUGGGCUGUUUGGUCUUACCAACUGGGGAAACCC